AUGGCAUCUUUGAAAGAGUUCAACGCAAGCGAAGUCGCAGCCCAUAACUCGAAAACAGAUUUGUUUGUCAUUAUUCAUGGGAAAGUGUACGAUAUCACCAACUACGUACGGGACCACCCGGGAGGCGCAGAUGUGCUGAUAGACGUCGCCGGUGGAGAUGCCACGGCUGCUUAUGAAGAUGUCGGUCAUUCGGAGGAUGCGAAUGAGAUCCUUGAGACAUACUUGGUUGGCACUGUCAGAGACGCGCAGCAGUUCGUUCAACCCAAGACCGUUCGUGUGAUACAGCAAAGCUCUUCUAGUACAGAGCGAGCCAAGAGCUCAUUGUCGGCUGGCAAGGCUCUAGCGACUGCCGCUACUACACUUACUGCAACAACUUUGAUCUACAUUUCCACCAAGAACCAUCGGAUACUGAGCGAUUUGGCUACGAACUAUUUUCCAUCUUCAUGGGGGAUCACUAGCAUCCAUGUGCCAUAUCCAGACUUUCUCCGUGGUGGAUUCUCGAGCGGGUUUGCUGCUGCUACUCUGGCAUGCGCAGUUGUUGGCGGAUCGCUAGCAAGCAAGCUCUCGGCCUUCACGAAGAUCGAUUCUGGAUUCACCAAAUAUCGUCCACACAUCAAAGCGUCUACCGUGAAGAAGCAAAGCCCACAUCUCGUGAAAGGCUUCCUCGAGCCCAAGACCUAUAAAAAAUUGCCGUUAGUCAAAAAGGACCAGUUGUCCUCCAAUGUCUUUCGCUUCGUCUUCCAACUACCCAAUUCACGGGACGUGGUUGGACUUCCUAUCGGCCAGCAUGUUGCUAUCAAAGCGAUGAUCAACGGUACCGCUGUCUCGAGAUCCUACACCCCCACAUCCAACAACUUGGAUACUGGGAUACUAGAGCUCGUUGUCAAAUGCUACCCGGACGGUCUCCUCACAGGGCAAUACCUUGCGUCUCUAGAGGUCGGUGACUUGGUGGAGUUCCGGGGUCCGAAAGGUGGAAUGAAGUAUCAUAACGGUCUUUGCAAAAAGAUCGGCAUGAUCGCCGGUGGAACUGGAAUCACACCAAUGUAUCAACUCAUUCGGGCAAUUUGCGAAGAUUAUCAUGAUACAACUGAGAUCAGUCUCAUUUACGCAAACAGAGCCGAGGAGGAUAUUCUUCUGCGUCGUGAAUUGGAAACUUUUGCUCGGGCUUACCCUCAGAACUUCAGGCUUUGGUACAUGCUUGAUCAUCCCUCGGAGGGUUGGACCUAUGGCAAGGGAUAUGUUACGCCCGAAGUCAUGUCUGCAAGACUCCCUGCAUCUGCGCCCGAUACAAAAAUAAUGCUCUGCGGGCCACCGGGUAUGGUGAAUGCUUCGAAAAAGAGCUUGGUGGCAGCAGGAUUUGAAGCUCCAGGUGCUGUUGCGAAGAUGUCAGAUCAGAUUUUCUGUUUUUGA